UAUCGGGACCGAUAGCAAUGAAGCAAUCGAGCAUGGAGAAGAAGAAGCUCAAGAGCAUCAACGAUCUCCUUCCUCCGGAACUGAUACGAGCAAUCUUACUGAGGAUUCCCAUCAAACACCUUGUGUGCGUGAGGUGCGUUUCCAAGCUGUGGAAUACUCUCAUCUCCGAUCCCAAUUUUGCAAAAUCCCAUCCUGAUCACUCUCUCGCACCCUCCCAUAGAUGCCUCUUCCUCCAAGGCAAUUCUCACGCUUACUCCGUUGACCUCGACGCACUGCUUCAAGAUGAUAAGGAUGGCGUUGAUGCAAUAGCCAUCUCUUUCCCUUUCAAGAAGAAGCCACCUUCUUCUGAUGAUUUCUGUCUUGUUGGUUCCUGCAGAGGGUUUGUUCUCUUACACUGCGAACCACGGUUUUUUAUCCUAUGGAACCCACUAACUGAUUCCAGCAAAAGAGUUUCAUACUCUCCUAUGGUUAAUGCCGCAACAAGCUAUGAACACUUCUCUGUUCGCCGCGAAGCGCUUCUAUAUGGCUUUGGUUAUGAUGCGUCACAGGAUGAUUAUGUAGUAGUUGUAGCAUAUAAGGGUAAAGACCGCGAAAACCAUUUUGAUCUGUGUUGUUUGAGAAGCAAUUCAUGGAUUAAUCUUGAUGCUGCACUUCCCAACUUACUGGACUGGUAUAAUUUGAAAUCUAAGGGGUUGUUCUGUAACGGGGCUAUUCAUUGGUCUACUCAUGAGUACCGUUUUAACAUUCUUAUCUUUGAUAUAAAGCCAAGGACUUUUUCAACCAUAUCUGGGCCGGAACAACUGGCAUGCUCCUAUCCAAGUAUCGCCGUACUACCAGGGUGCCUAGCCUUGUAUUAUAACAAUCGUGAUAGCCGUAACAUUCACAUAUGGGUGAUGAAAGAAUAUAAAGUGCAGUCGUCUUGGACCCUCUAUGAGAUUCCCCUUGUAUGCUCUAAGUUUAAGCCACUGUGCUUAUCUGCUAACGGGGAUAUUAUUGGAAGAUGUUAUCCUUGGGAGGGUGAAGUAGGGUUCUAUAUAUAUAAUGUCAGAGGAGAGCUGCUCAAACAUGUUCAAUAUAUUCAUGGUGAUCUUACCAGCCACAUAAGGUCCAUUGUGCAUCUGGACUGUCCCUUGGCAGUCCCUAGCAACAUCAAGUAGAAGAAGAGGAAGAUGGGUUCUCAGAAUCACGAAGAGGUCAAACAAAGGAAGGGAAUUAGGAGUAAAUACGGCUUGGACACUUUGAUUGUGUUGUAAAUAAAGUGUAGGAUUGGCAAGUUGAGCUGGAAAGAAGCUCC